AUGGAGAUAAAAAACGGCCAUCAAAUGAAGAAGAGCAACAAAGAAAACAAGUUGAGCCAACUGAUAAAAGCUUCCAGCCGGCUGCUGUCGAAGGUCCGAGAUUUCUACGUUAGGAGCCUGACGGAUUGCUCGAACCACCUGGAUUAUGGGAUGGCGAUGACCGGGCCGACCAGUCAGGUGCCCACCACUCUCCCCAAGAGUUACAGCGUGGGGUCCACCGCCUCCAGCCACGGCAGUGAUGACUUCAGGGAGCUUCUGAGGGCCGCCUCCACUCGAAGCUUGAGCAAGAAUUUGGAACCCGAUAUCCAAAUCCAAGCGGCGAGGAAAUCGCCGAUGGCGGAACUGAAAAACGUGCCGAGGAGCCAGAGCGUGGGGAUUGGGAGAAUUGACGAAGAGAAAACUUGUGAAUUUGAAGAGGAUUUCAAGGUAUGUAAUACUGAUGCGUACCCCAGAAGCAGAAGCUAUGCUGUUCAUAGAAGAAGACGGGUGUAUUGA